UCACAGCGACGGCCGACUCUUAUAUGAGCGCUGUGAGACUGUCGGGGAACUUACUCGGUGCUCGGCCUUUCUGCAGCUCAUAACGGCUCCAAAUAAACAUUUUAUUUCGCACUUUACCAACUCAUGACACCAACAGCGGGACUCCAUAUUGUCACACCGACAACUUUUGUCUGCAACUAGAAGACAGGAGGUGGAAAGGUUGCCACACAUCUGACUCCACGUGCUGGAGUAAUAAUGUGAGACUCAUGGCUGGACUGACACUAAGCACUGAACUGAACCCCUACUCCGGGGUUGACGGACUGUGGUCCUGUGUGUUCGCUGCCCUCUAGAUCAUUUCACAGCACUGACUCUCUCUGCUUGACAGGUUGAUCAUGUGAUCCUUCCCGACACUAGCAUUCCUCAGUGAGCAGAGUUAAAUCAAAGUAAGCUGCAGGAUUGAUUGGAGUUAUCCAUCAUUCUGGGAAUGUACAAUGUGAGCUCACAGGUAACAUUAAACCACCCUGGCCUGUAGGUAGAUGCGCAAUUCUUUGUUUUUAUUCUAUUACACUGCUAGUACUUGUAGAUAAUGACAAUACCACUGUGAACUUGACACCAAAGGGAAAAAAUGACUCCAUCCUAGGCCCAUAUUUGUUUAUGAUGUGGUAAAUCUAGUGAUACUGAGAGCGUCUGUAUUUGCAAUGGCCGUUGCCUCCUCUCCAGAGAAGGAUCAGCCCCUCCUCCAGCUCCAGAAAGUAGACUCCAGUCGAGUCGGUGGUCGCGUCCUCUCCCCGAUUCUCAGCUCCUCCAUGGAAUCAAGCCAACCCAUCUGCAUCCCCUCCCCGUACACCGACCUCAACCACGACUUCACCACCAUACCUUUCUACAGUCCGACUCUCUUCAGUUAUGCGGGUCAGGCUAUUUCAGACUGCCCUUCCGUCCAUCAGUCGCUAAGCCCCUCCUUGUUCUGGCCCAGCCACGGCCACGUGGGGCCCCCCAUACCCCUGCACCACUCCCAGGCUCGGUCUCAGCACGGACAGCCAAUCCAGAGUCCAUGGGUGGAACUGUCACCGCUGGAAAAUGUAACAACCAGAAAUACUGACUCAAACUUAUCUGUCAGUAAGAGUGUGAUGAGGCGUUCUCAGCAGAGCGAGGAGGGCGUGGUGUCAUCUGGCGGGAAGGCGGACCUCCACUACUGUGCUGUGUGUCACGACUAUGCCUCGGGUUACCACUACGGCGUCUGGUCAUGUGAGGGGUGUAAGGCCUUCUUCAAGAGGAGCAUCCAAAGACACAAUGACUACAUCUGUCCAGCAACCAAUGAAUGCACUAUAGACAAGAACCGCCGCAAGAGCUGCCAGGCGUGUCGCCUUCGCAAAUGCUAUGAAGUUGGCAUGACGAAGUGUGGUAUGCGAAAGGAACGUGGAAACUACAAGAACCCCCAGACGAGGCGAGUGACCCGCCUGUCCUCACAGAGCAGAACACACGGACCAGAUGUGUUAACUGGAUCAUCAGCAAUGGGUUUGUUAAACGCGCCCCGUCCUCCUGCACUGACUUCAGAGCAGCUGAUUGAGCGAAUAAUGGAGGCAGAGCCGCCAGAGAUCUACCUCAUGAAGGACAUGAGGAGGCCUCUGACUGAAGCGAACGUCAUGAUGUCGCUCACCAACCUGGCAGAUAAGGAGUUGGUUCACAUGAUCAGCUGGGCCAAAAAGAUUCCAGGGUUCAUUGAGCUCGGUCUCUUGGACCAGGUGCACCUGUUGGAGUGCUGCUGGCUGGAAGUGCUGAUGGUCGGACUGAUUUGGAGGUCAGUGGACCAUCCAGGGAAACUUAUCUUCUCCCCUGACCUCAGCCUGAGCAGAGAAGAGGGGAGCUGUGUCCAGGGCUUUGUGGAGAUCUUUGAUAUGCUGAUAGCUGCCACGUCCAGGGUGAGAGAGCUCAAGCUCCAGAGAGAGGAGUACCUCUGCCUCAAGGCCAUGAUCCUCCUUAACUCCAGUGAGUACAUGUGCCUCAGCUCCUCAGAGGGCAGCGAGGAGCUGCAGAGUCGCUCCAAGCUGCUGCAUCUUCUGGACGCUGUAACGGACGCUCUGGUGUGGGCCAUCGCCAAAACCGGCCUUAGCUUCCGCCAACAGUACACCCGCCUCGCCCACCUGCUUAUGCUGCUCUCACACAUCCGUCAUGUCAGCAACAAAGGCAUGGACCACCUCCACUGCAUGAAAAUGAAGAACAUGGUUCCUUUGUACGACCUGUUGCUGGAGAUGUUGGAUGCCCACAUCAUGCACGGCUCCCGGCUGCCCCAUCGGCCCCCACAGCAGGAGUCCAGGGACCAGAGGGAAGCUCCUGCUCAGCCACAGAGUUCUGAUAACGGCCCCUCAAACACCUGGGCUCCCAGCAGCAGCACUGGAGGUGGAGGUGAACCACAGUAGUCGGAUCAGAAUUCAGAUGCAAUGAAUUUUUUUUCCGCUUUGCACUAGUUCACAAGACUGAUGAGACGUCGUUUUGCAGAGCGCUGCAUUCUGUGAACUCUCAUUGGUGAAACUAAAGCUGUGACACACACAUUUUUAGAACGUUACUCUGCAGACAGACCAAACUUGCAGUAUUCAUUGCCUUACCACCACGUACUGAAAAGCCAGAGUGGAACAGGAAUGUGAAGAAAUUACUGUCAUACUUUGGCCAGUAGCACCACCACAGAACUGAACAAAACGUUCAUGUAAUAUGUGAAUUUCAUAUCAGAUAAUGAACGACUUCAUGUGCCAAG